UUUUUAAAGAAAUAAAAUUUCAAAAUCCUCGUUAUAUCUUUCCACAGGCCCUUUUCCUAUUAGGCUAUUCCCUUAACCCGAACGCCCGCCUUAUAAAUAUCCAAUCUCUCUUCUUCUUCGGUCAAGAAAAUUCCAAACCUGAAAACUAAAAAAAAAAAAAAAAAAUUCAAUUUUUAAUCAUUUUCAGAAAUGGUUGAUUCAGAUUGUAAAGCAAAGAUGGCUUCUUCCGACGUCCCAAACAAAUCCCCAAAGCUCUCUAACAAACUCCAGGUUUCGAUUCCAACACCGUUUCAUUUUUCGAAUACUUCAUCUCCACUUUCCACUUCCUCAACCGCUUCCUCAGCUUACGACUAUUAUCUUCGGCUCCCGGAGCUCAGGAAGUUAUGGGAGACGAAAGAGUUUCCAGCUUGGCAAAACGAGCGCGUUUUGAAGCCGGCUUUGCACGCUUUGGAGAUCACGUUCCGGUUUAUUUCAGUUGUUUUAUCGGAUCCUAGACCGUAUUCGAACCGCCGCGAGUGGUCGCGUCGGCUCGAGUCACUCACCACGAGUCAGAUCGAACUCAUCGCUAUGCUCUGCGAAGACGAAAACGAGGAGAAAAUCGCCGCAGGAACGACACCGAUCGUUGAUCUGACCUCGUCGAAGGGAGUACUAGCACGAGAGUGCAGCUCCGCCGAGGUAUGGAAGAUUCAUGGAGAAACGACGGUGGUGAAUCAAACCAGCGAAGCCAGCUUAUUACCUCGACUCGCCACGUGGCAGAAAUCCGAAGACGUAGCACGUAAAAUCCUCUACUCUAUUGAGUGUGAGAUGAGGCGGUGUCCUUACACUUUAGGUUUGGGAGAGCCGAACCUAUGUGGCAAACCAAACCUUUACUACGACGCUGUUUGCAAGCCGAACGAACUCCACGCGCUUAAGAAGAGUCCGUACGAUCACAUCAAGAACCACGAGAACGCGACGCUUUACACGACGCAUCAGAUUCUGGAAUCGUGGAUCCAAACGGCGAAACAAGUAUUGAAACGAAUCACUUUGAGGAUCGACGCGGCAAGCUUCGAAACCGCCACGAGCGAUUGUUAUUUGAUGGAAAAGAUCUGGAAGCUUCUAGCGGAAAUUGAAGAUCUCCAUCUCCUGAUGGACCCCGACGAUUUCCUUCGCCUGAAAAGUCAGUUACUGAUAAAACCAGUCAACGAAACAGAUGCGCUUUGUUUCAGGUCGAAAGGGUUGGUUGAAAUUACAAAAAUGUCCAAGGAGUUAAGACACAAGGUUCCGUUUAUUUUGGGCGUCGAGGUGGAUCCUAAAGGUGGACCCAGGAUUCAAGAAGCUGCGAUGAGAUUGUACGCAGAGAAGCAGGAGGGUAAUAAGGUCUUUUUGGUACAAGCUUUGCAAGCCAUUGAAGGAGCCUUGAAGCGGUUCUUUUAUGGGUAUAAGCAAGUGCUGACGGUGGUUAUGGGAAGUUUGGAAGCGAAAGGGAACCGAGUCGCGGCGAGUUCCGACUCGGAGGACUCAUUGAGUCAGAUAUUCUUAGAGCCUACUUAUUUCCCCAGUUUGGAUGCGGCUAAGACUUUUUUGGGCGAGUUUUGGAGUCAUGAACAGAAUGGGUCUGGGUUGACUCGGUGGAAGAAGCGAUGAUGACUAGGACCAAUCGUUUGAACUUUAGUUUGGUUAAUUGAUAUUAUGGAAAUGAAAAAGAAAAGACAAGAAAAAGAUUAAUUAUUCUUUGUAGUGUUGAUGUUUGAAGAACAAUUAUUGUUUGUAUGCUGUAAAAUUUUUGUAAAAUGGGAAUUCAUGAUUUAUAAAAUUGUAACCAAAUACUA